GGCUCCUUUCUGCCCACUUCUUCUGUAAAAACCGCGAGUCCCAACCCUAUCUCGGAGAUAGCUCACCAUCCCUGCAGCAAUCAGAGUCACAAUGUCGUUAGACAACCCCCAGCCCACAUACGUCCAAUCCACAGCCGCCACUGACCGCUCCACCAUCUCCACCCACGCAACCCGUAUCUCCAACACCUUCAUGACCACCCUAGGAGAUAUCAUGGGUGACACCCGGUACCGCGAAGAUGACCGAACCAUCAUCGGCCAAUCGCGCGAUACCAUCAAACGCAACCUCGACCACGCCGUCACCGCGACUCUUGAAGCCGAGAUUAGCAGGAUGGAAGCACAGGGAAAGACAGUGGGAAGUAUGAAUGAGGUGGAGUUUGAGCCGCUGACGAUUAUACCGAUCAGUGUGGGGGAUGUGUUGAUGGUUGGGUCGCUGCGUGGGGAAGGUUGGUCGGGGAAUAAUGCGUACUUUAACGUGCCCCUCGAGCCUUCCGGGUAGAAGGGUUGGGAGAGGAAGAGCCCUCUGGUAGUAGUCAGGUAGACUGUCGUAGUAAAAGGCUCAUAUCACGAUGAAUGUGAA